GCGAGCACGAGUAAUGCGAGUUAUACGAGUUAUAUAUACAGUCGGGCGUGUAGCGUAAAUUUAUACGUAUGUACACACGAGAGAGUGAGAGAGAGGGAGAGUGUACAGUAUAGUUGUGUACUGAGAGCGAGCGUGUUAUAUUGCUUUGGUAUUGCCUUCGAGGAGAGCUGGUCAGUCACGUAUAGCAUCACAACCUCGAAAACGCAACUUGGGCGUGACGACAGAUACAUUCGUUGCAGCAUUUGUUAUUUGUUGUGAGGAAUCAGCGGAGAAUUGUUAGCAGCUGCAAUUCGCAUUGUUGCGAGAUUCGAUAGAGUUUAUAAUCUGCGAACGAGUAGCAAAGAGCGAGAACAAGAGCCACAUUGGAAAGAAUCAGUGAGUAAAGAAAAAGCAGCACAAGCAGGCGUAGGGCGGCCUGUCAAUUAGGUGCAGCUGUCGCAGGAAACAUGCCCGUGGCUUGACGUCGCGUAUCGGUGCGCGUUAGAAAAAUGCAUGAGACCGCCCGCGGUUGAGCGUGCAGAGGAAAACGUGUGAAGGAGAGUGAGAGUGCGCUGCAGUUUAUAAAUAUAUUAUGAGAGUGCGUGGUGGUACCCGCGGUGCCGGGAAAACAACGACGACGGUGACAGCAGCAGCGCAAGGUGCGCGGCUUGAGGCCCGCGGCGGCGGAUAAUGGGCACGAAAUCCUCGUGGACGUCGGAGAGCAGUAGUUCGGACUCGGGCGCGAGCAGACAGCGGCUGAAGGUACUGUACGACUUCGAGUACGAGACGCGCGGCAAGCGCGUGAGGAUCGUCAAGGAUGAGCAGCUGGUUCUAGUGCGCAAGACCAACGACGACUGGUGGCAGGUGGUGCGAGCCGCAGACCUCGCCGGCAGCUACUACGUGCCCGAGCAGGCGACCUUUUACGUGCCCACCGGCUACGUCGGUCUCCAGCAGCCCUCCGACCAACUGCCCGACGGUACGCGCUUCUACGUCGACAAGGACAAGAUGUUCAAGGCGGCCGAACCACCCCCCUCCUCCUCUUCCUCCUCCUCCUCCUCCUCUGGUCAGUCUCGCAAGACGAGCCACGACUCGUUCAAGAGCAAAGUCAUAAGAAAGCUCUCCGGCAACUUGUCGGCAACCUCGCAGCAGUCGGACGGCAGCGGCGAUAAGCCAACCAAGGCGAUCAAGCAUUCGCGGAAGAACUCGAACGACACGAGCGACGAGCCCGCGCUCCUCAAGCAUCACCAUUGGGAGAGUUCGACGUUCGCCAUGUGCUUCGGCAGAGACAACAAGAGCGCCAACGAGGCUCAGCUCAAUCCUUUCCAGGAGGAGCUCGAGAACGCUCUCUCGAGCCGAGUGUCCCAGAGGAGACUCGCUUCGAGCGCGAGCUUGCGUAACGUCCGGAAGGAGCAACCGCCGCCCGCCGACAGCCAUCAACCGGCGGCCGACUCGACCUUCGAAAGCAUCCAUGACAAGUGGCAAAAGGUCAGCGCUCUCUCCUGCAACUCGUCGUCUCAGCGCCAGCAGCAGAUUCGAAAAGUUAGCGAGGACAAUUCGACGAAGAAAGCGCAGGCUCUGCCGACCAUCAAGGAGAGCAAGUCGCCGAACGCGUCCCCGGCGAAAACUCCAAACCAGGAACCGGUGGCGAUUCGUCGAGCGAGCCGACUGCCCGAGGAAAAGUCGCUGACCGACGACAGGGAGCCGGAGUCUCGGCAGAGGAGUUGCCCCGAAGAACAACGCCCGAGUAGUGUAGCUCCGGCGCAAGACAAUGGACUUGACAUCAUCAACGACAAGCGAAAGAUGUGGGCGAUCGAGACUCUGAUGUCGGAGUUGAUGCAGUCGAGCUCGAUGGCGGUGAAAACGCUGGCCAGCGAGGCGUCGAACGCAACCAAGUCGGUCUCCGGGGCGAAGCAGUUGGCGCAGGAGCUGCACGACAUGAGCGUGUCGAGACGAGAAGCCGAGAUCCAGGUCAAUUUGCUCGACGACGUUCAAGCCGAAGAGGAGAACGGCCGGCAGCGAGAGCUCAAAGCGGUUGCUCCGAAAGCCGAGAGGAGGAUGUUCGACUUUGUACCUCGUUCCCAAGCCGUGAGAAGCUCUAGUGCGAGGUCGCCCAAGUUGCUGGAUGAGUACAACGAAGCCAACAUACUGAGCGAAGCUGCUGGCGAGAGAGCUGCGGCCGUGAACUCGGAGAAGCGUCGGGGCGAAGAGAGAGUCCGUCGUAGUCAAAGUAGUCCGGAAUCGCCCUCGUACUCGAGCGUGCCGUUACGUUUGCGACGCGACAACGUGCCGUCUUUACCACAGCAGUCCAACAUGCCCAGCAAGGCUGACUUUCGCAACGAGUUGCAGCUCAGUCCAUCCCUCGAAAAGUUGGCCAGUGAAAUAAAAUUCCUGCCAGCCUCGUGGAAAGGCAACGACAGCGACAGACUUUCUCAGGAAGUGCCGACGACGUUGGACUGGCCACAGACGACGACCCUCAGUCAAGAUUCUCUGCGACUGUAUAAACGACGCUCGAAAUCUGAGCCACAGCUACUUCAAAGGAAGUCGAGGAGUCUCGGGGACCUCGACUGCUCGGAGAUGGAUGAGAGAGAACAGCUUGAGCUUAGGAGACGCUACAAGCCCGUGCCUAAGCUUCGUUCAAAGGACUCUUUCAAGAAGAUAUUGUUGUCGUUCCAUAAGCCCAACACCACAUUCCCGCUCACGGGUCCUGCGGCGGCCGCUAGACCUGUGCCGGCCAAGCGCCGAGUACAUCAGCAGCAACAGCAGCCAUAUCAACAUCAUACGCCUAUUAGCAGUUGCGACGACCUUGAUCAAAUUGACAUUGAACGCAGCACGGCCGUUGGAUUCAAAAGUCUUUUGCGCGCAUCCGACAGCGGUUCCGAAGAAUGUCUUCAGAGCAAGACAUUUCCUUCUUUGCCCUCGCUACUGAUACUCAACAGGCCCCAUCAGAACCUGUACGAACAGAAACAUAAUCAUUCCCAACAACAAAAUGCCUCCAACGACAAUCUCAGUAGCAGCCGAAGUCUUUCAUCUGAGACAAUUCUCAGCUCCUCUUCUGCCUCGGCUCGGAUUCUCGAUGAGCCCGAACUCGAUAAUAUCGUCGAUCUACCUCCGGGUUGGAGGCAAAUUUACGAUAACAAUGCUAAACGCUUCUGCUUCCUUAAUGAUAGAGGCGAUAAGUGGUUCUCCUCCAAUGAUGCCGAGGGAAAAAUUUAUUUCUUCGAAGAAAACAGCAAUGAAUCUUCGUGGGCACUUCCCGCAAUUGCCAAUGAAAGGCGCGUUAGAACGAUAUCCAACGGUGAUUGGCCUCAGCUCUUUGAUGGCAAUAUGUGUAUUCUCAAAGAAGGCGUGAUAAACAAGACCAAAAUAACAACUGAGAAUGGAAAGAAAUUAAGGAAGGCUUGGAGUUUGUCUUAUGCAGUAUUAACGGAGUUGUUUUUGUUGUUUUUCAAGGAUGCCAAAACUUUUGCUGCAAUGAAAAUGGACCAAUCUGCGGCAGCGAAGCCGGAUAUUACAGUGGACUUGAACGGUGCCUUUAUAGAACCUAUAGAUAAGUUGAGCAAUAGAAAAAAUGUUUAUCUUAUAAACACAAUAUUAGGGCUACAAGUUCUCAUACAAUCAGACAAUGCACUAGCAAUAACAGAAUGGUACAAAGAAAUAAACGACGCCAUACUAAGGCUGCCAUUUAGUCAGGAAUGCAGACGGACUACGUCUUCAAAGCAAUUCGAAGGAUGAACAGCUGCAAAAUAUUUCUGCCUGGUUGAAAAUUCGUUAUUUUUCCAAAGUCUAGGAUGAUACUGUUAUAAUGUGAACUGACAAAA